AGACUUUCCGUACAGGGAGAGCAAGGGGUACUUGCCAUGCCAAUGGCGCGGAUACUUAGGGAACAUGUUUUAAUUUUCUUGUAUCAUUGCAACUUCUAAUUGUUUAUAAUUAUUGUAUUGUAUAUUUUGAUUUUUUUAUUGUUUAUAUAUCAUUAUUUUGAUUAAUAUAGCAUGAAAAUUCAUUAAUGAUAUAAAAUAAAUGAUAAAAUUUUUUAUGUUUCAUAUUAUUCAAUUUAUUGAUUUAUUUUAAUUUUGAUAAAAAUUUAAAUUAUUGCGUAUAUUGAGUACUGAUUUUUCAAAUUAGUGAUUUGUUAAGAAUAAGAAUAUUAUUUAAUAUAUAAAAUAAUAGUCUGGAAGUAAAAUUCCUUGAACAAGAAACGAGUUUUUGUAUAUAUAUGACAAAGUGCUUUUCGGUAAAGUUCAUUCAUCAGAUUGUCAAAGGUGACGCCUAUGUUUCUUCUGAAACACCGCUAGGAGAUAAUAGCGUGCGGGUACAGUCUCCAAAAAGAGUAUUUCUCAUUUAUCUCACUACACUAUUAUAUUUAUGUACUUUAACCUUGAAUAAUUGAAAAACAAAUAAUAAAAUAUUUAGUAAAUAUGGCAUUUAUUUCAGUUUUUUGAAAUUACGUUGAACGCUAUAAACGAUAUCAAAUGUUUUUCUAUGCAUUAAAUAAAUAGUUGAAACUUAUGAAAAAUAACAUAAAAUUGUUCAAAUUCAUUUAUUCAAUAUUUAAUGUUUAAUCAUGAUUUAUUUUUCAAUGAAUAAAUACUAGAUUAAAUAUUUUUAUUAGAUUACUAAUGAAAACGACGUCAAAUUUAAGAUAUCUCUUGAUAAAUAUUUCACAAAGGAGCGUCGAAAUAUUAAGAAUAAUUAUCAUUAUCUUUGGUGGACGGAAGAUUAAAGCGCGAACCAAAUAAAAAACAAAGACGACCCUAAACCAUUAUUCAUUGGCUGAAGUUUGCCACGACGGAAGGUACAGUAGUCGGUCGUGCGUCAUUCCGACGAAUUACGAGAUUCCAGCGAUGCUGUGACGGUUUGAUGUAGAUGAUUUGGAAUGAUUAAACGUCUGAUCCUUUUAAAUAGAACACUAUUUUUCCAAAGUUUUCAAAAGUGACUUUUUUUGAAUCCGGAUAAUGUUCGCACACAAUUGACGAAACAAAAAUCUGAAAAAAUUUGUUUGUGGGCGCAAUAAUCGAAAUCCUCAGGAGGCUCCGGUUUCCCUUUUUACAUGCCGUUCGACGUCGCGGCGUCGACAUUUAGUGUCGUCGUAGACCACGUUGAACCAUCAUCGGCUUCCUUCAAAACCCCACCAGUCGUGUAAAGCUAUCCUUCUUCACCGCUCUCAUAGACCUUCGCUGGAUAAAAAAGAAAGAGAGAAAAGUAAGAGAAAAGGAAAAUAUACUCGUAGUUAGUAUGAUAAAAUGAGUACGAAGAUAAAAGAAUGAAGGGAGCAAAAGAGAAGGUGAUAGAUAAGGAAGAUAUAGAAAAUAUAGAAAAUAGGAUAGGAAAUGUAGAAAAGGAAGAAAUAGAGAGAAAGAGAGAGAUAGAAUCAUGGAAUAAAGAAAGAAAGAAAGAAAGAUGGUCACUAUAGUUAGAAGAGGAAGAAAGUGAAAAGGAGAUGGAUUUCAAGGAAGAACAGAGAGAAACCGAUGAAAAAGUGGCAAUGGGAAGAAGGUAUAAGAGAGAUAGAUAGAAAGAGCGUGAAUCGGAGGUUUCGAGCCGCGCCUCCUACCUUCAGGGCCCAUGUAUCCACGGCUCGGCACUGUUGACGACGCAGCGCCCUAUGGAGGGGGAAAGGGAAUUACGGGGAACGUGGUUUAGGCACGAACGAUCGUCCGUAGUCGUAGUCAGGCCACGAGUCGAGCGAUGUCGUGUGACCGACCUCUCUUGUUGCGACCGUGUUUCUUUCUCUUUCGACGCUUUUACCUGGAUUAAAUUCUGACUGUUAUUCGUUUCGUAGUCGUACGAUUGUGUAUGCAAUUAAAUUAAGUGACAAAAAAAACAAUAUGCAAGCACAAAUGAUUUCAUUUUUGCAUCAAAAGUAUGAUAAACAAAACAUAGAAAAACAAGAGAUUGGGCGCUGACUGGAUCAUUCUCAGUUUUAAACAUAACACAACCCUCAAAAACACGUGUUCUUAAUUGUGCGUGUCGUACACAUCGAUUGUCGUGUCGUUAGCAGAUGUCGGAUAAGACACUAUCAGGAGAAUAUGAAUUUCGCGGAAGUGUGUUUGUUUUUCGGUUUCUAAUAGUGUACGGAAAAUUAAGCAUAAGAAGAGAACGACGUAUGAUUGUCAGGUGAAAAUAUCGUGCUUAUAUCAUUGAAUACGACUCAUAUUCUUAGUGUGACAUACGGUUACUGUUGGGACGCGAAGAAACAGGAAGAAUUUAAUACUUGACGAGUUUGGAAACAAAAAUAAAAACAAAGUGGCGAAACAAGAAGCCUGGAAGGAAAGUGUGCGCAGCGUUUGUGGAUGCAUGAGGGUCUCAUGGCUACCGGAUUCGUAAAGUGGUGGCGGGCAAGGUUCCUCGCUGGUUAUAGACCCUUUUCUGUGGUUGGUAAUACCGAAGGCAGUGACUCGGAAGAACUUCUUGGCGGUGUUUCCGCGCCUCGUAGUGGUUCACCACCGGAAUCCCAGCCAAUUUUGUUAGAAACAGAAGCACCGCAGGUCGCGGUUGACGCUUCUACUAGUCCUACGCCGGCCACCGGAAAUGACGAGCAGCCAAGCGCUAGUACAACGAAGCAACUCAGUUUCGAGGAAUUCGAAUGCGACGUUUCGGUAGCGGAGGGCGACCGAAGACGGCAAGAAUUCUCGUUCACCCUGUACGACUUCGACGGCCACGGGAAGAUAACAAAAGACGACAUAGCCGGCCUGGUUACUACCAUUUACGAUACCCUGGGCGCUUCUAUUCAGGUACCUCCGUGCGGCAGUAAGACGAUUAAGGUGAAAUUGACUGUGUCGCCGGAUCAGAGAGGCAGUCAGACGCGAUCGAGCGGCGGCGGCUGUUUGAACGCGUCCUCAAAGCCGGCUGCUACGAGCUUUUCCGGAAAUUCGUCCUGCUGCCAUUUGAAGCACACGUCCUGCAACAAUGCCGGGACCCAUACCGGCGCACACGGUUUACGUAGAGUUCCUAGAAGGAGAAGGAUGCCACGACACCGUUGCCAGACUGAACAGAAAGAAGUGGAUACUCACAGUGAGGAUGACGGUGAAAAUGCGCGAACGAAUCGAAUAAAACAGGAGGAAUUACGCAGAAGGGUGGGGCCCGUGCCUCAUUUACCAUCACCCUAUUCCAAUAGCUCCGAGGGUGAUAUUAGCGAUGACAGCGAUGUCUCCCCCGCAGUUUCCCCCUUGACGCCUCUCCUCACGACUAAUCAGCGAAAACGCAGUGGUGCCCUACAAAGGCAACAGCUCUUAGAAAUUAUUCAAGCGAAUAUGGAAAAGAAUAAUCUCAGUUUUCAUACGUCAAGGAAACGACAUCAGAACGAGCAACUGCGCAUUCCAUCUCAAGUCCCACAUGUCGAGUCUUCGCCUCACUACAAUCAAGACUGUCGUUCACCGACGGAAUCUCGGCCUACGGCGACUGCCUACCAUAAACCUACUCGGGAAAAGCCUCAGGGUUUCACAUCGUUCUCCAAGGUACCUGCAAAGCAUAGGGGGAAUUUGAGAAAGACGCGGGCGCAGUACGGUCUUCAGAGGAAUAACGCUACUGUGCAACCGCCGCGUGCGUAUGUUCAACCUCAAGUUUUAUCAAGAACAGUGAUCAAUCCAAACGUGUACACAGAUCAACAAACUACUAAUACGAAUCGCAAUGGGAGCAAUCUGAUAUCGAACAAUCAACAUCCCAUCAAUCAGACCACGACCAACAAUCAUAAUAUUCAACGUAACGAGACACAAUUUAGCCAAACGCAACAAUGUGGUAAAUCGAGCAAGAAGCAUCAUUUGAAACACGCAACCAGGGAACAAGAUCAAGCCCGAGCCACGAUUCAAGUCGUUCGUUGGCUGGAACGGGAAUUCUCGCAAAAUGCUGCAGCGAGCUCCGGCAGGAAGCAUGUUCAUGAGCAUAUUCAUCAUCAUUAUCAUCAUUAUCACACGGAGGCGCUUGUUUGAUUCGUUCCUCGUUCGAGGAACUUUUGCGCAAAUAUAGUAAAUUGUUUCGGUAAUUGUGUUGAUCCUCGAGUGAUAGGAUGGAGACUGAGUGAUCUAUGUUCCUCCUUCAAAGAUUUUUGUCUGAUUGCUAGCUGCCAGAAAUCUGUUAAUGAUCUUAUAUAAGUUUCUAUUGGAAAUUUGAAACUGUUUUCUUCUCAUAUUAUAGGUUUUAUGUUAAUAAUUAUAAAGUAAAUGAGAAUUAUAUAUUCUACACUUUGGAUGAGGAUCGACUUUUGAUCUAAUCCUAUAACUUGAGGAUUAGAAAAUUAAUUCUGAACGUCAAGAUACCAAUUUUAUUAAUUUAUUUUUACUUCUGUAGCGGUUUGUACAUUUUUAUUUGUUCAAAUGUACUGAGUUCCUGCAGUAAAUUUUAAUUCCGGGAUAUUAAGAUAUUAUAUAUGCAAAUAAUGAGGAUCACUGCCACAUUUUAUUUUUUUAAUAAUCGAGAUAUUAUCCAAUUCGAAUAUAGUUGAUCUAUGACAAACCAAAGCGAGUUUUUAAAAAUGUUUAUUUAAAUAGCUUUGGAUCGUCAGUGAUAUCGACUAAACAGUAUAUCGAGAAGUUUUAUUCUUGAAACGUAUACUAAUCCUGUUUAUACUUUAACUAUUUAUCAUACAUAAGACAAUCUUUUCUCGUUUUUCUUUUGAAAUUUUAGGAAAGACGAUAACAGAUAUAUAUUUUUUUUUCAAUUUAUAAUAAUUACGAACUUACGGGGAAGUUUUACAAUGAUACCAAUGAUCUAUUACUGUACCGAAGUAUUUACUAUGAAGGCUAUUCUGAAAUUUUUACAUAUUCGUUCUUGACAUUUAUACACGAUAUUGAUUCAUUUUUGUAUAUAAUCGUUUGUAAAAUAAUGACAUUUGACGAUUUAUAAUAUAAUUUUUUACAGAAGUUUGUAUACAAUUUUUUUAAAUUGAUUUGUAUUAGAAGAAAAAUUGUUUUAAUUUUUCUUCGAUUUAGAAUCACGUACAAAGAUGUACAAAAUCUCCCAUUUUAAUUUAUGUAAUUUUUAUAUCUUUUAGUACAAAGUGUAAAGAUUUAUUCUACACAGAAAUUUUAUUUUAAUUUGAUAAAGAUAUAAAUUGUUUUUUUGUUUCUUACGAUAAUAAUGAUUUUAAUUCAAUUCAUUUGAUCUAUUUAUUAUAAAUAAUAAUCAUUUUAAAGAAGAAACAGUAUUAAUGCGUAAUACACAAUAAUGUUGUUUAUGGAGCCAAAUUAAAAUUGUUAAAAAUUACAGAUUCUGUGUGCAAACUAGAAAAUCACAGGAACUAGAAAUAUUUUAAUAAUCAUGGCAUUUUCAAUAGAUGCGAGAAUAACUCUUAAGAAUCGGUAUGUAUUCAUAUUAUAUCAUAGAGACAAAGUGUUUCUUUAACUUGAGUUUUAUCAUUGAGCUCAAAGUAUAAGCAAAUAGUCAAGGAAUAGUGUCCGUUGAUUUUAUCUUGAAUUCUAAAUGAUUUUUAAAAUAAUUUUUCUUUGGAUACUUUUCCUUGAAAUAAUCUAUAAUUCGAAAUGUAUUUAUUUAACUGAAUUAUAAAAUAAGCAAAAUGUAGAUAAAUAUUUAAUCAAAGUAUCGAGAGUAUUGACUGAUUGCGAAAUUUUUGAUAUAUAUAAUAUUGAUAUAUAACAAAGAUAAUAAUUUUAGAUAAUAAAAGAUAAUAAAAGAAUGUAUCAAAUUUGUACUAAAAUUUUAUAUUAUAAUAAAUAUAAUAUAAUAUUAUAUAAAAUAUUAUAAUAUAAAAUUUUAAUAUAAAAUAAUUUAAUUCAUAAUUUUCAUAGAUAAUAAUUUCUAAAAAAUAUGUUUGUGGAAUAAAAUAAAGUAAAUCUUGUUAAUUUAAAAAUAUAUAGAAUAGAAAAUAAAUUUUUAAAACCUAUUAAUAUUUUUGCAAUCAAUCAAUAUCUUUCUUGAUAUUCAACGUUGUAAUUUUUAAAAAAACUAUACUUUUUAAAGUUGGUUUCAUAAAAAUUACAGCACAAAUUGAUGGUGCUUCUGUAUUCCAACGAAUACAAUAAUAUGCUCCGUAAUAGCGUUGAUCAUUAUUGCGUUGUAUCUAUAUAAUAUUUCUCGACAAUACAAAAAAAUAUUAGAAUAAUGUAAUUAUUAUAAGAAAAUAUUGUAAAAUUUGUGUCCUCAAUUUUUAUUUCAAUUUUGCAACUUUCAAACAAUGAAUUAGUAGCAAAAUAUGUAAUUUCAGAAAAUUAUUGUUCAUUUAUUAUACUCUUUUUGCUAAUUUUAAUAAUAUAAAGAAAUGAUAAUUUUAUUUAAAAAUUUUGAAACAAAUUUUAAUUUUUUUUUAUAUAAUUAUAAUUGCAUAAAAUAUAAAUUUUAAUUUAGAACUCAUUUUUAUUGAAAAAGAAAUAAUUUUAUAUACAUAUAUUAUGUAUAAUAUAUUUUUUUUAAGAUUUAAUAAUCGUUAUUAAAAAUAUAAUUAGAACAUAUAAUAAUUAUAAUCAAUACAAGAAAUAUGAUCCAAACUUAUGACAAUGAUAAAAAUCUUAUAAUGUCAAGAUUUAAUUGAGAAACUGUUAUGUAUACGUAUCUUUUGAAACUUAACGCUGAACAAGUUUUUAUAAAAAAAAAAAAAAAAAAAAAGUGAAAAGAAUGGACUUGUUAAGAGUGCCUUGUCAUAUCUGUUACUAAUAUGCAAGUAUUAAUUAUUAUCAAAUUAAAUAUCGAAUGUUUAGUUUACGUAAAAUAUUUCCUUAAAUGAAUCUAUUUAUUAUUAACAUACUUACAAUAAUUUUCAUUUAGUGAUAUAUCAUUAAAUUUUAUAUUAUUUGGAAACGCAUGAUGCUUAAGAUCUAAAUAAAUGAAAUUAUUACGGAUAUUUUUCUAUCUAAGUAAAGAAAAGAAAAGAGGAUUAUAAUUAUAAUAUUUAUUAAUUAUAAUAGAUAUUACUAACAAUAUGAUUAAAAAUGACAACAAUUGCUACUUUGUAUAUUUAUAAAUCUUGGAUAGUAAUACUGUCCAUUGACAUGUAAUUUUAUAUCAAUCUUUGUAAUCAUUGUAGAUAUUUUAUGUAAUGUAUUUUUAUUAAUAUUUAUUAAAAACACAUUUUGAUAUUAAAUUAUCGGAAUUCAUCAUGGAAUUCUUCUAAAAGUGUUUCAUAAAACAAGUCAAUAAAAUCUAAAUAUUAUUUUCACUUCUA